CGCGACCAGGACCCAGCGGGGGCGGUUGAGACCCAGGCUGGCCGGCCAGGACCCAGGCUGACCUGGGGAGCAAACGGGCGCGCAGAGCAGGGUUCAGGCACUGCGCGCCCGUGUGCCGCCCUUACCACCCUCCCGCUUCCCGCGGGUUCAUUAGGGCAGGGCCUGCCCCUUUACUUCUCAUCCCCCACCCCCUGCCAGUUAGCCCAUUGCUUUGUGUCACUUAUGUGUCUGAGUCAUUGUCUCUCCAGGGCAGGGGCCGCGAUUUUGACAUUUCUUGUCCCCAUCUAGCGUCCUUCUCGGGUUGGGGAUAUUCUAGGUCCUUUGCCUAUGAUAAUAACCAAACGGGGGGGGGGGUCCUCUGGGUUCCUGAGGGAGGGCAUCUGUCUGGGGCUGAGCACUCAGGGAUGGCUUCCUGACAGAGGUGACACCUAAGGAGACUUAAGGGAGAGAGACGUGGGCAGGCGUGUCAUGGCCAGCAACCGUGUUCAGCCACCUUUGGGGUUGAAGUGAGGCUGGGUGGGCAUGAGGCUGAGUGGUCAGAAGGGCCUUCGCCUACAGCACUCCCGCAGCACACCAGGAUGGAGCUCAGCCGAGGAGGGGAGCAUUCAGCCUGCUCCGAGGCAGAACUGCUGCUGGAGCUGGGCCUUGGGGAGUAAGAGCUUGGGGGACAGAGCACAGAACUUCCCAGCAGCAGCCGGCGUGUGCAAAGAUUCCAGCCACAAGGAACAAGCCAAGUGCUGGGCGGGGCUCAGUCGGUACUUCAGAGUGUGCCACGCAGGCUGACAGUGGCAAGGCCCCAGGCCCCUCUCUAGAGAUGCGUGCUCCCUGAGCUCCCUGGAGUCCACACUGAGUUCCUUGAGCACUUCAGGUGCAGCCAGAGAGGAAGCUCCAGCACUGUUGGAAUGGCUCCAGGAGGCCCCAGGGCCUGGCUGUGAGGACACUGGUGUGCACACUGUGCCCAGGAGGUUCAGUCUGGGCCUCAUGCUCAGAGAGUGCAUGCACAGUUUUGGAUGGUGAUGUAAGUAGGGAGGUCACAGAAGGUUGAAAAGCAGAUGGCCCCUCAGUGGCGCCUGCCUGGGUCAAUGUCGGCCUCUCCCUGAGGUAGGGUGCUUUGGACAAAAAAGCAUGCGUGUUUCCCACACACCUAUUCAGACUAAUCUGCAAGGACAUUUUUUAAGUUAAAAACAAUGACAGCUCUAUGUAUCAUUUGUCACCAUUGACAGAAAGACAGUGAAGGCUUUGGUAGCAGCACCCCCUUGUGUGCAGGCCGAGCUAGCAGGAGGGGUUCACAGGAAGAAGUGUCAUGCUGAUGGCCCCGGGGCGGGACUGGUACCUGAAUCUUGUCUGGUGUGGUCAUGAGCUCCAUAUAGCGUCCUUCUCACGUGGAGUUCCUUUUAUUUCACCAAUGAGUCACAGCUCUUUGUUGCCAUAGGUGGCUCCAAACAGGACAUUCGUGAACGAAUUUGGGACUACAUGGAGUCAGAAAAUGUAGCUGACUUUCCCCGGCCUGUUCAUCACAGGAUCCCCAACUUUAAGGGCGCGAAUCGUGCCGCGGAGCACUUCCCGCGUUUGCAGGUGUUCAGAACAGCCAGGACCAUCAAAGUGAAUCCCGACGCUCCCCAGAAGAAUGCGCGCUUCCUGGUCCUGGAUAGCAAAAAAACCUUGCUGGUUCCAACGCCCCGGCUGAGAACAGGACUGUUUAACAGGAUCACGCCUCCUCCUGGAGCCAGCAAAGACAUGUUGAGGAGAUGUGCCACCUCCCAGGGGGUGAGGGACUUCAGUGUGCCCGUCGGCUUGGAUUCCAGAGUCCUUGUGGAUCUAGUUGUCGUGGGAUCUGUUGCUGUUUCUGAAAAAGGCUGGAGGAUUGGGAAGGGAGAAGGUUACGCUGACCUUGAAUACGCCAUGAUGGUGUCGAUGGGAGCCGUCCACGAGGGGACGCCAGUGGUCACCAUCGCCCAUGACUGCCAGGUGGUGGACAUCCCUGAGGCGCUCCUCGAGGACCAUGACCUCACUGUGGACUACAUCCUCACUCCAACCAGGGUCAUCUCCACGGGCUGCAGGCGCCCAAAGCCGGCAGGAAUCACGUGGUCCAAGGUCAGCCCUGAGAUGCUUGGGAAAAUCCCGGUACUCAGAAGCCUCCGCGACCGAGAGAAGCGGGCGGGGAAGGACGUCGCUCUUCAGGCUGAGCACCAGCCCUUCCUGGGAUCAGCCAGCACGCACCCAGCGCUGCCAGGCACGGUCAGGAGGCCCCACGAUGCACCCCGGCCAGGGGCAGAUUCCUUGGAAGCAGCCUGUGGCCCCCGUGAUGGGGAGGACGUGCCGGCUGCCACCGUGUGUGUGGGGAACCUCCCCCACGAUGCCCGCGUGAGGGACCUGAAGAGAGCCCUCCGCGAGCUCCAGGUGGCGCCCCUGCAGCUCACCUGGCGGGGGCCGCAGCACAGGGCCCUCCUCCACUACCGGGACCUGGCUGCAGCCCAGCAGGCCGCCUCCUGUUUGCAGGGCCUGCACCUGGGUGACCGUGCCCUGACUGUGGCCCUGGCCAGACCACCCAACAAGUCACCCGGGGGCUGCCCAGGCAGCUAGAGGCACCCUGGGGAGGAGUGUGACGUCCUGCCGUGCUGCUGCUGCGGCACUGGAGACUGUAGCCCAGGGGAUGUGGGGUGCCUCUGAGGCUCCUGUGCUGCCCCGUAUCCCCGAGAGGGUGAGUGUGUGUCCUUAGGCCCCAGAGGGGGACCUCGCUCACACCUUGAGACAAGAAGCUCUGGGACCUGGGUCCCGGUUUUCCUGCCGCGUGCCCGUCAGGAUGGCAGCUCCCUGUCUGGCCAGAGCUGAGGCCGCCCCUGGCAUGGGAGACCUGGCUGCACAGGUGACCGUCAGAGCUGAUGGGCCCGGCCCUGACACCACCACCUCAGCUCCUGUGCCCAGCUGUGCCCCACACCAGCGCCACCCUCGCACUGCACGUUAGACCAGUCAGUGAGUCCAGGUGAGCCCGUCCCGGGACUCUGUCCACGGCCACCAAAGUGAUCCCACCUAACCUGUCAACGCACAAGGAAAUUAAAAUUGUCAUAAAAUAAAAGACUGAUUGAUUGGCA